AUGAAGAGUGACGAGAACCAGAACAUUGCAUGUUCUUCGUGGAAUCGUUAUCAGCACGGACAGAAAGUUGCUGAAGAUCGACCUCCAAAUCGGACCCUAUACUACAGCGUUCUACUUCGUGAUGCUGAUUCUGUGCUAGAAAAUCUCACUCAGGUAAGGAUUGGGACCACGGCAGCCUACAAAUCGCAGCCGCAACGUGCAGAAUACGAUCUAAAACGUUAUGAUGGCCUCAAUCUCACUUUUCCGACAAUUCCCAAAAAAACGGAGGUCAUAGUAAUCGUGUGUACGAAACCGAAUGAUGUUAAUAUUCGCUACGCAAUCCGUCGCACAUGGGCGAAUCCACUAUUCUCGGAAACUGUUCGUAAUAGGUCCAUAACAGUUUUAUUCCUCGUUGGCACUGGCUACAUCUCUACUACUGUUAGAGACGAAAUACGAAAAUAUAAUGAUAUUCUGCAAGUUGAUGUGCCCGACUCAUAUAACAAUCUUGUUUAUAAGAUUUUGGCUGCCUUUCGCUACAUUGCUGCCAACUAUCCGCACAAAUACGUUCUCAAAAUCGACUCUGAUGUGGUGAUUCUCCUUGAUAAGAUUUACACUCGUCUUGAAUAUCCUGAAGAUAAAUCCAUUAUGUGCUAUGUGCACUAUAACACCCUACCGAAUCGUGAUCCUGGCAGCAAAUGGUAG